UGUAGAAGUCUGCUUAGCCUUCUCACAUUGCACAGAAAGUUUCCUGUUUACAUAUUCGUCUAAAACAAUGCUUUCGUUUUGGUUUAGUUUUUAUAUUUAAUAAUGUCUCUAAAAACAAUCUGUCGCCAAGAGAUAGGUGACCCAAACAUAACAGGAAUUGACUACUCUCGUCUGGAGGCUCUAUGUAACAUCCAUGGGCUUGAAUGCAGCGAUGAUAAGAAGGCAAGUGAGGAGGCUCACAGAGCCUUCAUGAGCUCAUACCAGCAGAUUUUCAUCCGGGCUCCGAAGCCCCUGCCUCGUAUUCCCUGGCAUGAGGAUAAUAAGACCAGUGUGCCAGGGAAGGACAAGCUGGGUGAGACACUUAAGAAGAAGCCGCUGGGCGCUAAGCCCAAGCUGUCAUCCAGCAGACCGUCCCAUGACUCCAUCGUCAGCCAGAUGAUCAGAGCUGCAAAAAAGUUUCCUGUGGAGCGAUCACAGUCGGAGCAUCAGCUGAUCCUGUCUGCACUGAAGUUGUUCCCUGUCCUGAUAGACCAGAUUGACCCUCCGGAACUGUACUACAUCAGCAGAAUUGUCAUGAUAGAGACCUUGGAUCGGGGCCACAUCAUAUUUGCGGAGAGUGGGUUUUACAUAGUGCUGAGGGGUUCAGUGAGGCCAUAUACAGACAGAAGCUCUCCUGAAGAAAAGAAACCAGAGAUUGGCGUAGGCGGAAGCUUCGGUUCACUUCAAGAGAACCCGGAAGAGUCCAGCAGCACUGAGGUGAUCCGCUGUGUGCAGACCCAAGAACCAUGCGAGAUCCUCAAGAUACCCAACGCAAGCUAUGCCAAACUGAGAAAGGAUCUCCAGAGAAAAGACUUUGAAUUGAAAGUGAGUCUGAUCGAGCGCUGCAACUUCUACCUGAACUGGACCAGACUCCCUAUCCACAAGCUGGCCAAUCUCAUCCAGAUGAAGAAUUUCCCUGCUAAUCAUGUGCUGGCUAAGGAGGGAAAGGUGUGUCAGUUUGUAGCCUUCAUCCAUCAGGGCGAGUGUAAUAUCCUGCAAGAUAUCGAGACUCUGAUGAAACCACUGAAGAGGGGCAACUGUAUUGUUGUUGGGCAGUUAGGUCCGUUUGAGUCCAUUGGGGAGGUGAGUCUCCUGAUGGACACGCCUUCUCCUUGUACCAUCAUCACUCGCACACCCGUGCAGGCAGGGAUCAUUCCUCCUGACAUACUACAAGAGCUGGAUUCUGUCACCAGGUCACUGAUGCUGCAGUCGGCAAAACCCACUUGUGGAAAACUCACUGAGGAGGAGAUCAGUAAGCAGUACAUGCGUCAGGAGCGACAGAAAGAGUGGGAACACGUGAAGAAAAAGGUGCUGUCAGACAGUUUGUUCUACAAUGGGAUCCAGCAUGGCGUAGGGAAGUGGACCUUAAACAGGAGCCAGAAGAUGCAGUGAUCACUACACAUACAUGCAGAACAUGGGCACACACACACACACACACACACACACACACACACACACACACA